UCUCGGCGUGGUCGUGAAAGGAAAAUUCGGAUGUGAGUCCUACUCCGGAUCCGUACCAGAUCUUCCGAUCUCUCAUGAAUGUCUCCGUAUGUUUUUGAUUGCCUUUUACGACAAGACACGGAGCCCUCCCAUGCCCCUCCUCUGCUCCUCGCCAUCCUUUCCCGAUACCUGUCAAACAUUUAGCCAUACAGUUCAUCCAGCCACCUGCAAAAUGAGGAUUUAAAUCGCAAUUUCUAGAGGCAACCGAAUUCGCGCCGGCUGACUUGAGCCCUGCUUGGACGAUGAUGGCUGGUUCGAGACACCCGCGGCUAUGGAGAGUCGUGCUUCUCCUGACUGUUUGCUACCAGGUCGGGCUCUCAGGCAGAUACGGUUGUCUGUUUGAGAAGAGGCUGUGUUCCAGGGACCAGCUCUGUUCAGAUGACAGAUUAUUUGGGCAGUGUCUGAACUCCCCACAGGAGAGGGUCCAGUACCAGCUCACGGUGCCCAUUCUACAGAGACUACAGCAGGUCCUCAAGGAGCUGAUGAUGCAGGGGCUCUCGUGGCAUGAUGACAUCACUCAGUACAUCAUUGCUAAGGAGCUGGGCAGAGUUCCCCGCUCUGGCAAUGUGAAAGGCCAGAAACCAGCGUCACAACCUGCUCAGCCAUCUGUCUCUAAAGGCUCCAGCUCUAAAGCCGGGAACACUCAGCACCAGAACACUCAGCCCCAGAACUAUGUUGACUACAUGAUAGUAGACCCUCCCCAGAGCUCCAUGCAUAUGCAAGCCAUACCACUAGACCCCUACACUUACCACCAGCAUGGUUACCAAGACGACACGGAGCGUGGGCUCCCCUCCAUGGGGUCGCACCCCCGCGUCUCCUCCGCCUCCUCACGCUCAGGUGUCUCCCAGCAGCAGCAGAGGGAGCGCGAGCACGAACGCCAACUCCUGCAGGACCUGCUCUCCCACUACCUGUCGUCCGCGCAGCCCUCCUUUCACCACCGGGGGGCAGCAGUGCACGCGGCCGCUCCCUACUACGAGGACCUGGACCUGCUGCAGGACUACACCGACCAGUACCAGCCGCCCGUCAGCCGACCCCGUGCCCAACACCGGCCUGCCGUUGCCCAGGACUACAGCUCGCUCUCGGGGAUAGAUGAUGAGACACUGGCCCGGAUGGCUGCCAUAUUGGAGAGGUACGGUGUGGACCCCCAAGAGUUGAGUCCUCAGCAGCUCUACAGGCUCUCUGUAGCACUACAGAAACAACAGGGCCAGCAGAAAAACACAGAUAAGUUUCCACUAAGUGCUGCCGUCACUCUGAAGGAGACUGAGCUGGUGGAGAACAGUGACACGCAGACGCAGAAAGGAGGCAGCCGGAGCCCCCCGUCCACAGCCCCCCUGACCUCCAGCACCACGCCGGCCCCCCCUCUGACCACAGCCCCGGGGGUAACGACCAGGCCGGGGCUGUCCAUUGUGGACAUGGAGCUGAUAGAGAAGGGAGUGAAAGUGGAAGACCCAGCACAUGUGAGGGAGGAGUACGGCUACAUAGUCACCAACCAGAGUCCCCUGAGCCUGUAUGAUGGUUUCCGUCUGCUGGAGACACUUGCACGGAGGAUCCACCUCAGCACCAGCAGUUUCAUCAACAUCAGUGUGGUUGGGCCUGCCUUAACAUUCCGCAUCCGCCAGAACUCCCAGAACAUGAGUGCAGCGGAUGUGGCCAACAAAGCGGUGGCUGAGAAGAACUUUCUGGAAGGCGAGACGGGGCUGAAAAUUAUACAGACUGGAGUUGGAGAGAGGAGUGAGGGACGCGGGUUGGCGCAGGCGACGAGGAUGGGCGAGAGCUCCCGUGGCAUGGUCCUGGGGCUGGUUGCCAUGGCGUGCGUAGGCGGAGUCCUGGUGGUGGCGCUGGGCGUGGCCUGUUUCCGUUACCACGGACGCCAGCUGGAGGAGCGCAAGCUCGGCCUGGGGCCAGAGGGGGGCGCCGAAACACACUUCGACUACCAGGAGUUGUGUCGCCAGCACAUGGCGGCGAAGUCGUCGUUCGGCCGCUCGGAGGCGGGCGGUCGGCGGGGCACGGACACGUCGCGUGUGAGCAGCGUGUCGUCUCAGUUCAGCGACGGACCCCAGCACAGCCCCAGCUCCCACAGCAGCACCCCCUCAUGGAGCGAGGAGCCCGCGCAGUCCAACAUGGACAUCUCCACUGGACACAUGAUACUGGCCUACAUGGAGGACCACCUGAAGAAUAAGGACCGUCUGCAGAAGGAGUGGGAGGCCCUGUGCUCAUACCAGGCGGAGCCCAGCUCCACCUCCAUGGCCCAGAGUGACCUCAACCUGGACAAGAACCGCUACCAGGACUUCGUGCCCUAUGACCAUGCCCGUGUGAAGCUGAAGGCGGAGAAUAACCCCAGCAAGGAGGACUACAUCAACGCCAGCAUCAUCAUCGACCACGACCCACGCAUGCCAGCUUACAUCGCCACCCAGGGACCAAUGGAGCACACCAUUGCUGACUUCUGGCAGAUGGUUUGGGAGAACGGGUGCACUGUAAUAGUGAUGAUGACGGCCCUGGUGGAAGAGGGCACAAAACAGUGUGAGCGCUACUGGCCUGACGAAGGCUCAUCACUCUAUAACAUCUACGAGGUGAACUUGGUGUCUGAGCACAUCUGGUGUAAGGACUUCCUGGUGCGGAGCUUCUACUUGAAGAACGUGCAGACCCAGGAGACGCGCACCCUCACCCAGUUCCACCUGCUCAGCUGGCCCUGCCAGGGCAUCCCCUCCUCCACACGCCCCCUGCUGGACUUCCGCAGGAAGGUGAAUAAGUGCUACAGGGGCCGCUCCUGUCCCAUCAUCGUCCACUGCAGCAACGGAACAGGCAGAACUGGAACUUACAUUCUCAUCGACAUGGUUCUCAACCGCAUGGCUAAAGGAGUAAAAGAGAUUGACAUUGCUGCAACACUGGAACAUAUCCGUGAUCAGAGAGCAAACAUGGUUCGCACUAAGGACCAGUUUGAGUUUGCCCUGACGGCCGUGGCAGAGGAGGUCAAUGCCAUCCUGAAGGCCCUCCCGCAGUGAGAUCCAUCCGUGCCAUCCAGCACGCCACCCCUCUGUGCCAUAUGCCCCCGUGUGCCCGCACCCCCCUCCCCUUCCUCUUGCCCCUCUUCCUCCCCCCGACCCCCUCCCUCCCAACACCAUGUCCAGCCCCUUUCCCUGCCCCGUCUCAAAACAUACACAGAAAGGGGUGCAAUCUCCCCUGAAACAUGUAACUGUGUUUUUAAACCGCCUCAUGCUGUUACACACUCAUCCAACCUACCAGCCCAGAAAUGUUUCAGCAACUCAGAGUUAUAUGGUCCAAUAUGACUUAAAUGACAAAAGAAUUUAAUGUCAAAAACAUGUAUUCUCCAUGCCACUGGAUGUAGAGUAUAUGAUUACUUUUACAACAAAAUAAAUUAAUAAACAAAAGUAUUUGGUGAUAAUGACGUUGAAGACGAUGUGGACAUUGACAGAACCCCCUUUACGAGCGCAGAAUAUUAGGAUACUCCGAAGUCAAAGAGAACCAUAUAAUUCUUACAAUAAGCUAUUGAAUUUCCUAUGCAUAAUCCUAUAAUCCCUCAUGACUCAAUCUGUCCUCUCACACCUGAGCAGACCAGCUCAGAGAAGGGAGAAGAGAAAAGCACAGACACAGCUGAGCGGAACCGCUGCAGGUCAAAGGUCAAAGUUCACCCUCAUCUCCGCUGUCUGGCGCGUAUAAGUCCCUGUGAUUGGUGUUCAGUGUUGCAGCAUUGCUACUCUUAUCUUUGAGUCCUCGUUGUCGUGUUUUAAGUCGGACAUCCAAGCUUUUUUUUUUUUUUAAAGCCUCCAAAUCCCUCAUCAUAACCCCCCACCCAUCUGAAUAUGAAUGUGUUAUAUUUUAAAAGAAACCAUAAGAGAAUAUUUUGAAAUGUUCAAAAAAAUAUACAUGUGUUUGAUUUCUAUGAAUGUAACUGUCCAGACACCCAAACACUCGCACUUGACACCAACGUGCUGAAUGAGCGAACAUUCCGUCCGUCCGAGACAUCUGCUGUGGUCACCUACCUUGUGUCUUUGCAAGUGCAUUGUUGUAACACAAAGAAUCAUGCGUUGUGAUUUCAAUGUAAAUAAUUAAUUCUCAAUUUACCUUCCUUCCUGUGUAGCAAAGGUAGAAAAAAAACGUCUAUAAAAAUAUAAAGAUAUUUUUAACUUGUUCUCUAUUAAAAUUGUGAAGUGA